GCAUAGCACUUUUCUUAGAUUGGAAAAGGAACAAUCUUGCGCACAUUACACAAAGCGCAGACUCCAACGGAGCAGCCCCUCCCAGCUUAGGAGGAGGAGACUUGACGCCUUCUCACUAGAUAUAUCGACGUCGCUAAGCGCUUCCAUUUUCCUAGGAACAAGUGGAGACGAAGGCGGUGAAGUAGCGAAGAUGAGUGAUAGCGGGGAGCAGAAUUUCGGCGAUCGGGUUAAGAUUGAAGAAGGAAAAAACAGAAGUCGUCAUUUGACACGUUUAUUAUAUGAGAAUUUUUUGAAGCUCAGAAAUAAUUGAAGCUGAAAUAUGAAAAAUAAAGUAUGCAUGCUAAUUGUCAGAACUGAAGCCCUACUUGUAGAAUUUUGAGGAAUAUGUAUGAAGUGGGGAAGAUGAAAAGAAGUCAGAAUUUUGAAAAUGAAGAAUGAAGAAAGAAAUAAAAAUGAAGAAUCUCGAUCUGCUUCAAGAAGUGGAAGUGCACGGCGCUCUGGAAAGUCUGCAAGCCACUCUCCCAAUCGUUCUCCAGCACGAUCUCGUUCAAAAGAGGGGUCAAGACGGUCAAGAUCCAAAUCAAGGUCAAGAUCCGAAUCAAGAUCCAGAUCAAGGAGGAGUUCUCGUCGACACUAUACAAGGUCUCGUACUCGUUCCAGGUCACAUAGAAGGUCAAGAAGCCGUUCAUACAGCAGAGAUUAUAGACGACGUCACAGUCAUAGCCACUCUCCUAUGUCAAAUCGUAGACGUCAUGUUGGCAAUAGAGCAAAUCCUGAUCCCAAUUGUUGCUUGGGUGUAUUUGGCCUUAGCCUUUAUACCACAGAGCGUGACCUAAGAGAGGUAUUUUCGAAAUAUGGUCCAAUAGCUGAUGUCUCCAUUGUAUAUGAUCAGCAGUCAAGACGAUCCAGAGGAUUCUCAUUUGUAUAUUUUGAAAAUGUUGACGAUGCAAAGGAGGCUAAAGAGAGAGCCAAUGGCAUGGAACUAGAUGGAAGGAGGAUAAGAGUUGACUUCUCAAUAACUAAAAGGCCUCAUACACCCACACCAGGGAUUUACAUGGGAAGGCCUACCUAUAGUGGCAGUUCACGCCGAAGAGACUACUAUGAUCGAGGUUAUGACCGUGGAGGAUAUGAUGACAGGGAAUAUUACAGCCGUUCCUCUUACAGAGGUGGUGGAGGAUGGCGUGGUGGUCAGGACAGGGAUCAGUUUUCAAGAAGGCGGUCUCCUUCACCAUACUACAGUAGAGGUGGAUACAGGUCUCGAUCCAGGUCUCGCUCUUAUUCUCCACGUCGAUAUUAAAGUGAAGUUUCUUCAUACAAAUUGAAACAAACCAGUUUAUACAUACAAUAACGCUCGGAUGUACAUCAUACACUUUGAGAACAUUUUUGCAAUUUUUGUAAAGAGGAACUUUUCUUGUAGUCAAUGACUUGCAAAUGUGCAUGUGUUUGGUUUUUGUUUUGUUUUUUUGAUGGUAACAAGUAGAAUCGUCUUUUCUGUUUAAAAGCGUUCUUUUCUUAAUCCAUAGAAGGCAACGUAAAGAGAAAAUAAAUGUUCUUUUCCUGACAUUUUAAGAACCUUCAUCCUCCUACACACCUGCCAUUUAAUGCAUUUGUUUAAAUUUCCCUGAAGUGUUUUCUGUUAACCUUUUCCUAGAAUACAAUAAAGAUGCCAUGUGGCAGUGGUAACCUGGCCAUACUAAAA